AUGUUUCUAAAACCACCGUUAACAACCUUUUUCCUCCUCUUAUUGUCCCAAACCUUCCAACCCGCUGAUUCUAGAAACACCGAAAGCACUGUCCUCCGCCUUUCACCGGCAAAAAUAGCCUGUUUGGAUUCUCGAAUCACGGGUUGGGGGUAUAGCUAUAUAUCCACAGAUCCAGAAUUCGAAUAUCUGCGGACGAUAAAUUUGUAUUCCCCUCCCCCCAACCUCCAGGGCGAAAUACUAACGAACCCACUCAGCGACCACUCCGCCUGGGCAACCCCGGAAUGCAUCCUAUCCCCCCGCUCCGCCGCCGAGGUAUCCUCAGCCCUAAAAGCCAUAACCGCAGCCGGCGCACCCUUCGCCGUCCGUAGCGGGGGCCAUUCUCCUAACCUGGGGUGGGCAAACAUCGAAGGGGGAGUUCUCGUCGAAUUGAGCCGGAUCAAUGAAAUUACUUAUGAUCCUGCGAACACCAAUGUGGUUGUUGGCACAGGAAGUCGCUGGGGGGGCGUUUAUUCUGCGCUGGAGGCGUAUGGGAGAACAGCGGUUGGGGCAAGGGUAUCGCCAGUGGGUGUUGGAGGAUUUUUACUUGGUGGGGGUUUAUCGCACGUCUCGAAUGAGUACGGGUUUGGGUGCGAUAACGUUGUUGAAUAUGAGGUGGUACUCGCAAACGGCACUAUCGUGAAUGCAAACGCGGAUGCUCACCCUGAGCUAUACUGGGCACUGAAGGGCGGAACCAGUAACUUCGGUACCCCACCCCCUCUUCCCCAGCCCCCUACCCACCAACUAACCAAUUGUCCACACGCAGGCAUUGUAACCCGCUUCACUUUAAAGACUAUCCCGAUGUCCAAAAUCUGGGGUGGGGUAAUAACCUACAAUGCAACCCAAGCCGUAGCGGUAAUGGACGCAAUUCACGCCUACCAUGCAGAGCACAUUUCAGACCUCAAGUCCGCCAUAUCCGUUCAGUUUAUUCUAAACGCGGGGGUGGUGCUAGUAACGCUCAUGUACGCCGAGAACGUUGGUAGCUCCCCGGCAGCGUUUGCGCCUUUCGAGGAACUACCACAUGUGGCAUCGAGUAUGGGGUCCAAGAGCUUUGUGGAAUUUCACGAUGAGUGGUUGGUUGGGGAUGCCGCUAAUCGGUAUGUCUUUCGAGAAAGGGAGGGAAAAUAA